GUGGGUGUGUGUGUAAUUGAAAAUAAUAUCCAGGCUCACACCCACACCCUAUUGAGGAUAAUAAACUUCAAAGUUUCAACAAGCCAGUGGUCAACUCAAAUUUCUCAACUUUAAAAGUCUUUAUCAAGUUCUAUACAAAACUGUUAAUAUCCUAAACCAGAUCUUCUUGGACCAAAAAAUCAAUCUCAUAACUUAUACAUUUUCUGUUAGAUGGAAACAUAAAUCUCUAGUAACCGAAACUGACAAUUCAUAGAAAGCACACUCGGUAAUCAUUGAUUACCCGCACUAUUUCCAAAUAGCUCUAGAACAGGUACGGAUACCACUCUCACGUAGCCCUUGGAAAGGAAAAGAUAUCACUCGUAUUGACUCUAAAAAAGUUAGAGGUGCUACUCCCAAGUAGCCCUCAAACAGCUAGAGACAUUGUCUCCAGAUAGUCCUCAAAAAUUUACAGGCAUCAUCCUUAACUAGAACUGAAUUAAUAUAUCUAAAAAAGACUUACAUAAUCAUCAUAGGUAAUAGCAUCAUCUUAAUGCUAAUUCAGCACUAAUACCAAAGUAUUAAAUUAUUGUUUUAACUCUAAUACCAAAGCAUUAAAAAUAGCAUUAAUUAAUGCAAUGCUAGUUUUAAGCCGACAUCCCUAGGUGUGAGCGUAGAUCUUCUUUUGUGCAUACGUCACACUCAUGAUACCAAGCAUUUAAGUAAAAUCCAAAUAGUCAUUUUAAUAACGAAUGAAACUUUCUAUCAAAUGCAUUCCAUACAGAAAUUACAUAGAAGAACUACGACAGGAAAGUUUUUAAAAGACCAAACACGGUAGUUUUCAAUUUUUAGAGAACUAUGUAGAAAUUUAGUUUUUUAAGUACUGACUUUCAGACCACACCCUCAUGAAUAAAAUGACGGCUUGGUGCACUUAGUAUAAGUUGUCGUUGAAAAGUUAUAAGUAUCACAAAAAUGAAAAACAAAAAUUGAUCAUAGUAUUCCUGAAAAACGCAUUUUUUUGUUCUUUGUAUGCUUCUAACUUUAUAAGUAAAAGGUCGUAGAAAAUACUGUAAACCAUAGUUUUAUUCAUAACAUGUUGUUUUUUAAGAAGACACUCUUAAAAAGUAAUUUUUACAUAGUCUUCUGAGACUUGAAAGUUACCGUGCUUAGUUGUUUUAAAAAUAUUCUUCCCAUACGUCAUCUAUGAAAUUUUGAUAUGAAGUGUAUUUGAUAAAGAACUUCAUUAGCUAUUCAAAGUCCUAUUUAGAUUUGAAUUAAAUACUCCAAAUAAAUAAUGGGAUAUAUAUAUGACUUGUUUCGUUUUCACCUAUAGAAAUGUACUUAUAGCAGAGCCUAUUUUUAUUUCUUUUUAUUGAUUGUACGAACGAGAAAUAACAGUUUAUUCGAAAACAGAUCUUUUUAAAUAAAACAAAUUCAUUUCAAUUAUACCAAUGGAGUGCUUAAUUCACGAUGGAAGAUCAAAAUAAAUAUAUUAAUCAAAUAGAAAUGCACUUUCGUUCUUUUAGUCACUUCUCAGAUUGCGCAUUAUUUGUAUUCAUCAUUAAAAAAGCGUAUUCAACGGCUACAUGCGUCAGAGCAAUGAUAUCUUAUCGUAUUUUAUCAGUUUUCAAAGUAAUAUCAUAAAACAACAAUAUUCCUCUAUUCGAGAGAGUUUUGCGUAAACAUAAGAGAAUAGCAUAUUUGAACUUUUUUUGAUUUCAAGUAUGUAAUAAACAAGAUGAUGUCAAUUAAUAUUUUGCUUUGUCAAUAAUCACAAUUCUCCGAAAGAUAUUGACAUGUCACUAUGGAAACUAAAAGUGAUUUAUAUAUAUGAAAAUAGUGAAAAAUACCAGCUAUUGCUAUGAAAGUAUUUAUCAAGAAGAAAGAAAGCAAAAGUAUUAUGUCUUUUAUGUAUAUAUGAUAUUUGUUGAGUAUUCAUCAUAAAAACAGAUUUAAUAUAUUCUCUCUAUCGACACUAAGAUCGUCACAGCCUACCAGGGGAUGGUGUGAUUCUUUUAACCUUGCUACGUUUUUUUCAAGUGAAAGAAAAAAGAAAGAGAUAUUCGUAUGUUUUAUCUUUUGCUUUACGAUUGUGUAUGAGAAUGUUAUUGUUAUUUUGUUUUUUAUAAUUCUCUAAGUAUUUGAAGAAAGAGAAAAAGCAUAAAAGACAAAUAUUUUUUUCGUCACAUUUGUUUUUUUUUAGAAACAAUAUGGCAACACGAACAUUGAGCGCUGUUGAUUAUGUUCUUCUUGUUAUACUUCUUCUUUCAUCGGCUGUUAUUGGUGCUAUAUUUGGAUUUUUCAAAUCUAAGAAGAGUUCAGCAAAAGAAUUUCUUCUAGCUGAUGGUGGUAUGGCAGUAAGUCUUAAACUUAAUUAA